ACAGUCAAUGGGCCAAAAAACGGACCAAACUAAUUAUCAUGUACCACCGGAACCUUGCCCAUCUGAAUCCGUAUGAAUUGCACAAACAUCUGAUUAAUGAGUACAUCCUCACGAAACCGGGAGCAACGAAGCUGCUCGAGCGGGAUUCGUCGCGGGACAAAACCGAUCACGAUGUUAUUCGCGAGAACCAUCGCUUCCUGUGGCACAGCGAACCGGUCGAUAGCUGGGAAAAGGAGUUGGCCAAAAAGUACUACGACAAACUGUUCAAGGAAUACUGCAUUUCCGACCUGAGCCGCUACCGGGAGAACAAGGUUGCGCUGCGAUGGAGAAUCGAGAAGGAAGUCGUACUAGGCAAGGGACAGUUCAUCUGUGGCGACCGGAAGUGCGAGGAGCAGAGCGAGCUGCGUAGCUGGGAGGUUAACUUUGCGUACCUCGAACAUGGCGAGAAGAAAAACGCUCUCGUUAAACUGCGUCUCUGUCCCAAGUGCUCGGACCGGCUAAACUAUCGUUCCAAAAAGAGGGAAAUUAAACGAAUGAAGAAACGUGAGCGGAAAAUAAAAUCCUCUAAAAGAAAGAAAACAACGGAUGAGUUCCGAGAUGAUCCGGAGGCACUAUCCGAAGGGGAAGCAUCGGAAGGCGAACUGGCAACGGAAGACUAUCACAACGUACCCGAAGCGGAAACCACAGACAAGGCGUCUCAUUCUGAAGCCUGUCCUGCGGAUGAAAGCAACUGGACGAAAGGACCGGAUGUCGAAGAAAAAACUCGCGAAGAAGAGUUUGACGAAUAUUUGGAAGACCUUCUACUAUGAACGCUGUUACUAACCUAAUAGUUUUAGAAAUAUAAAAAGCAAAUUGUAUUAUACUCUAAGAGAAAAGUUCAUAAAAAAGGUUAAUUUUAACACACCAU